AUGUCAACCUUCCAGACGACGACGCACUUUGCUGGCUACUCUUGUCAAUUCUCACCAUUUAAUUCACACAUUCUGGGAGUGGCUACGGCGCAAUAUUAUGGCAUAGUUGGAAACGGCAAAUUAGUAGUGUUGGACCUCUCCCGCUCAUCAGAGACCAAGGAGUACAUCACCAAGGACGGCUGCUUUGAUCUCGCCUGGGCAGAAGACAACGAUAAAAUUGUUUUCGCCGCUACCGGUGACGGCAGUAUCAAAGUCUUUGAUAUAACAUCACCGACGGGCAACUUGCCCAUAGCGAAUCUUGUUGGUCAUACAGCUGAGAUCGGAUGGAUAGAGUGCAAUGCGAUGCUCCCUACGUUACUAGCUUCGGUGGGUUGGGAUAGAGUCAUCAACGUGUGGGACCUUCCUAAGGGUGCAGUGGGUCUGCGGUUGGAAGGUCGACACACGGGUGUGAUCUACGCCUGCUCGUGGUCGCCACGCAAUGCCAGUUGGCUUGCGACUGUCGGCGGGGAUGCGAAGGUCUGUUUGCACGACGUCAAGGCCGGAAAUCAGACGGCGCCGUCCAUUGUGAUACCACAUGCCCAUGACGGGGAGAUCCUCUCAUGUGACUGGAACAAAUAUGCCGAUAGCGUCAUUGUCACCGCUGGGGUCGAUCGAGUCGUGCGGAGUUGGGAUUUGCGGAACCCUUCAGCACCGCUGGUUACUAUGGCUGGCCAUGAGUUGGCGGUAAGACGGGUGAAGUGCCAUCCACACAACUCGAGGACGGUCAUCAGCGGCGGCUACGAUAUGGCUGUGUUCGUCUGGGAUCUAGAAGCCAAUUCUGCGCAGGGACAUCUAGUGGACAGAUUUGACCAUCACUCAGAAUUCGUCUACGGAGUUGACCUCUCCCUGUUCACGUCAAAGUGUGAAUAUUCUAUGAAUGACCAGCUGCUGGCGGCAAUAGGGUUGGCUGCUCGUCAGGUCCACACGGACUUCUUGGGCUGGGCAGUACCAGUGAAAUCAGCGGGAUGUUGCGGGUUCGCCUCAACAGCGAAUGAUUAUAGUCACGACGAGUUUGUCCAAGCGGCGACUCACAUGUCGAAAGCUGCGGGGUUGAUCAGUCAUCCGAGGGUGGCGAAGAUAAUGGCUGAGGCUGGAGCCCAGGCAGGAGUUCAGGGAGCGUCGGCCGCUAAGUCGGCCAUGCAUGCAUUGAAAGAGGCCAAAGAUGGAAACAUGCUCUAG